AUGGGCCCGAAAACCCCCAUGAAAACCUCGACCGAGGAUGAUGGGCAUAGAUCUCGUUCUGGGCACCGCCCUACCACUUUGUCGAGGCCUGCUCAUUCUUCUUCGUCCUCUCGUCAACCCAAGCUUAGCCUUGAGCUUCCUCUGCGUACUUCCGCCGCUGUGGCAAAGCCUCUUGACCCGCGCCAGGCUCAAGAGCUGCGUGACCACAAGGCAAAGUUAGAAGAUGACGCAAGACGCAAAAAGGAAGCCGAAAGUACUGCUUGGAUGCGCCGAACCCGAUAUAACCCUGAUACGGGCGAACACAAAAAGCCUAAAAGCACUGGCUCCAGUAGCAGUGACUCACCCAUCCGUCGAGUCGAGACCCCUCCAGAAUUCCCGCCCAACUGGACCGCGGAAGAAAAGGCCAACUAUGAGCGUCUUGCAAGAGAAGGAGUGAAAGUGGCUGUUUUUGAGCAACACAGACUUGACCAAGAGAAGGUAAUCCGACACAAGGAUUACAUGACAGUUGCCUGGGAUGGCUGCAAGAACAUUGAUAUUCCCUGGCAUCGAUUCAAAGUCAGGCCUUCUUCUUCUGCCCCAGAGGAAACUCACAUUCAGCGUCGUGUUGGCUACAACACUUCUGGCAAAGAGACUGAGGUCAUGAUGAAUGCGUACCCGAUCACUUCUUUUCCGGACAAGGCGGUUUACCAGUAUGAGAUCAACGUUAUCCACGAAGACCAAAAUGAGACGGACAGGCGGGUCCUGAGAAAGUCGCUGCGCAACUUCGAUGACUGGAAUGAGAUUAUCGACUUUAAGGGUGACUUGACCUGUGACAUCAAGACUCUUGCUACUGUUGAUGAGUUCAGGAGAAAUCCUGCUUUCAGAAUGUCCGUCAUUCAAAAGCGAAAGAUCAACCUGUCAGUGAUCAAUUCCUGGCUGCAAAACCGCCACGAUCUAGAUGAACUAGUGGUUGAAUCUCUGAGUUUCCUCGAUCAUUUGCUCCGUGAAUGGCCCACCAAACAAUUCGCUGCAAUAAAGCGGGCCUUCUUUUUCGACAAGCUUGGUGAUGACGAGGAGCUGAAGCAGGAGUUUUACCAGCCGCUCGCCAAUAUGGGCGCUUCCGUUUACCGAGGCAUCUACCAAGCAAUUAAGCCGACCCCUAAAGGUCUGAUUCUCAAUGUUGACGUCGCUCACUGCGUCUUCUUUUCUCGUAUUAGUCUUAUGGGCUACAUGAUGAAUGUGAACGGGUGGAAUGACAUGUCGACUCUGGUCAGGAACCUCCAGUCAACUCGCGACGAAUUUGGUGGUACGAAGGAAUCCAGGUGGUUUGCACAGGUGAACAAGAAGAUUCAAGGUCUGCGAGUGGCACCCAACUACGAGGGUUGCCCUUUCAAGAUGAAGAGCUUCAUUGUCAAGGGCUUGAUUCACGCAAAGCCCAAGGAGUUUUUCAUUAGCCAUUACGAUAAGGCCACUGGAAAGUCUACUCGAAUCCACCUUGAAGAGUACUUUAUGAAACGGUACAAUCUCCGCCUCGAAUAUCCCAACAUGCUCUUGGUCGAGAUGCAAAAGGAAGAUGUUCAUUAUCCAGCUGAGUUUCUGAUCAUCAAAGGCCUCCAGCGAUACCGCUACAAGCUUACCGAUGCGCAGGCAGCACAGAUGAUCCAGUGGUGUGCAACCAGGCCCCCGAAACGUUUGGCUAAUGCUCGCCAGUCCAAGGAUCUUCUCCAGCACAAGAAUGACCCGAUUCUGAAACUUUACGGCAUGAAGAUCAGUGAUCAAAUGAUCAAGACCAAGGCCCGCCUGCUUUCGAGUCCCGAGAUUCAGUUUGGGGGCAACCGCAAACACAACCCUCAGCAUUCGGGAAGUUGGGAUCUCCGCGGUAAAAAGUUCUACAAGCCCAAUGAAAAGGCCCUUCAGGCUUGGGGUGUCGGGUUCUUUUCUGGACAUCGAAAAUCAAUCAGCCAGGACCAGACCCUCAGCUGGGUUGAGGAAUUUGUGAAAAUGUACAAGAGCAUGGGUGGUGAUGUAACUGGCCGACCGGUUGUCAAGGGGUUGAGUGAAGACGUUGGUACAAGUGUCAAAAAGCUGUACGAUGCGAUCGCGGCGCAGAACAAAAAAGAGCCCCAGCUCAUGGUAUUUAUCGUUCCCGACAAAGAUUCUUGGGUCUAUCUUCGCCUCAAGAAAUCUUCGGACUGCCGAUACGGCACUCCCUCUCAAGUGCUCCAAUCUGCACACUGUAUCAACAAUAUGCCUCAAUACCACGCGAAUGUUCUCAUGAAGGUGAAUGCGAAACUUGGUGGAAUCACUGCUCGUGCUGUCCCCAAGUCAAAGAGUUCAGGUCUUCGCCCGGGCUCCAUGAUUAUUGGGGCAGAUGUCACUCACCCAAUGAUGGGUGUGUGGACCCCGUCAUUGGCAGCCAUGUCAGUUUCGGCAAAUUCCACUGCAACUCGUUACAUGGGUGGAUGUGAGACAAAUGGGGAUCGAGUUGAGAUUAUCCGUGACAAGGUGGUUGAGUACAUCCUGCACCCCAUGGUUGCUGAGUGGAAAGCGACUGUUGGGGGUGGCAAGGCUCCUGAGUACGUCUAUUAUUUCCGUGACGGCGUGUCUGCGUCCGAAUACCAGCGAAUUAUUUCAGAAGAGGUUCCUGCAAUCCGCUUUGCUAUUGCACAUGCGUGUGGCCAGGCAAUCUGGGCCGGCAAGAUGUGUGUUGUGGUUGCAAACAAGCGCCACCAUCUUCGAGCGUUCCCUGACCCCAAGAAUCGUGCAGCCGCGGACCCCCACGGCGGCCCCCUGCCGGGCACUCUUAUUGACCGGGAUGUGACUAGCCCCCACGAUUGGGACUUCUUGCUCUACACGCACAUUGCUCUGCAGGGAACUCCCCGCCCGGUUCACUACCAUGUCCUGUUGGAUGAGAUGGGCCUGAAGCCUAAUGACCUCGAGGGCAUGAUCAAUGAUCAUUGUUACCAGUACAUCCGCUCCACUACCUCUGUGUCUGUCCACCCUGCGAUUUAUUAUGCCCACUUGAUUUCAGUCCGUGCUCGCCACCAUGAGGACGUUCCUAUUACCUCUGGCCCCCAGAGUGGCCCGGAGGUGAAAAUGACAAACCCGAAGCCUAAAGAGCCCCGAGCCAAGAGAUUGCUUCCCAUUGAAGGCACCUCAAACAGGCUAGCUCUGGGUAUGUGGUUCGUUUAA